AUGUCAGCAAGAGGCACAGAGCGCCUCAAGCCUAAGCGGACGACAUCCAAGAAGUCCAAGGGCAAGGCCGCAGCCAGCGUCGCGGGCGAGUCGCGUCUCUCGCCCAUCGAGGACUCGCCCGUCAAGAAGCCUGCGCCAAAGGACAAGGCGACAAGCCCCGUCAUCUUCCCCCACCUUCUCGUGCUGAUGCCAGCUGGACACAAGAAAAUGAGCCCUAUGCCGCCUGUCAUCGACAAGCCUCCCUCUGUGCGCGACCGUGAUCGUGGUCGCUCUGUCCCCAAGGCGCCGGCUCAGUCCAUCCCCAAGCAGCAAGAGGCACCUCGUUUCAGCGAGGCUGAGUCCUCUGCUCGCCGAUACCCCGAACCCCGCCAGCAUGGGACGUUGCCACCCACCGCCACCUGGGGAAACGACUCCUCCCGCCCUCACGGACCACCACCCGCCCAUGCGCCUCACAGAAACUUCUCCCUUCCAACCAAGUAUGGUGGUAGGCCCCCUCGCCAAAGCCAGAACCGCGACUGUAACAACACCGAGGUUGCCAACCCUCGCCCUUGGGGCCAGAGCGAGCACACAACGGCCGAGGAGGACGACGGUGGCUGGGGUCACGACUUCAGCGUCAGCAAAUGGAUCAGCAAUCUCCCUGUCGGCCCGCCCUCCUCGGCGCCGUCGCAGAUUCAGGACGGCGCGUCUUCCGACGAGCAGAGUGUCGCUCCAUCCCAAGCACACAGCCCUGCGCCUUCUCGCCCCGACAGUGCUCCUCCUCAGCGCGCACCGGUGACGGUGUUCUACUCGGACGACGAAGAGGCUGUCCCCCAAGGUCGGCGCAGCACGGCCUCAACCGAGGGCAACGAGAGCUCGCCUGCUGAGGAGGGGGCGUCCAACGAGGCUUCGGACGAGGCGUCGGAUGGGGGAAGCGCAACCGGUAAGAAGGAGGUUUCUGCCGAGAAGGACAGAGUUGCGACCGCUCGUGGCAAGGAGCCUUACCCCGAAGCACCGGCACCCGCUCGUCGCGGACGCGACGUCAGUCGUGGCAGCGGCUUGACGAGCCUCAGGCUGUCCAAGCCUCUGCCCGACCCACCAAAGAAGCUUCCUUGGGGCGUGCUUAACAACCCGGCCAAGUUUUGGAAGAGGGACCCUCAUCCCACUACGAGUCCCAUCUUUGCCAGUCGCCGCCUUUAUGUCAGGGCCCCCUUCCCUAUCCGCACAGUGGAGUUCAAGGAGCUCGCUGCCAACCACUUUGCCCGUUACGGCACGAUCCGCUGCAUCAUUCCCAACCGCCACCAUGACGGCCAGGGAGACGCUCUGUUUGUCAUCUAUGAGGAAGAAGAAUCCGUUCACAAGGUGCUGGAGGACCCCUACAGUGCCCGAUGCCUCCACAAGUCGACAAGCCGUAGUGCCAUAAUCGAGAUCACGCUCAAGAUCAAGACAGUUCCGGCCGAGGUUCAGUUGCGGGCCGUCUGGGUCAAUAUCACCGGACCUCGUCACGAUUCUCGUUCACGUUCAGCGUCCCCUCGUGGGUUUGACAUGGCGGUGAACUCGGAGCGCGAGGAGAUGGAGCAGCAGCCUCUGCCACCUUCGCUCUCUAUCUGGGCCAUCCCCUUCCUUACCCCCUCUGGACGUACGGUCAUGCGUAUUCACAUCAACGGACACGGGGUCAAGAACGAGCACUUCGAGCAAGCUAGGCUGCAGGCCCUCGAGACCGGAGGUGAAGCCCAGCUUGUCAAGGAAUUUGACCUUGGUCGUCGAGUUCGGGAGAAGGAGUUCCUCCCCGACCUCAUCGAUUGCUUCUGCGAUGUCCAUGAGACUAUCAAGCCGUCUGGCGACUCCAAGGGGUGGAUCUUCCUUGUCAGCCCGGCCCGAGAGGCCGACUUCAUGCUCAACAAGCUCAAGAGUAUCCCUGGUGUGUCGGCACGCUAUGCUAUGGAGAGUGACGGCGAGGGCCGCUAUCGCGUCGGGACCUCUGCCUCUCCGCCCAGAUCUCCUCAAGACGGGGAGUCGGGCCAGAGUGGCGCUUCAGCUCCAGCCGAGGGAGUUGCGGCGGAGGGCGAGGGUGGUGUGCCACUCUCACCUUCUGAGAAGGCGAAGACACCGACCUGGGCCACUCCGACUCGCACCAUUCUCGAUACCGGCGUCAAGACCCCUUCUCCCUCGUCCCCCGAGUUCAUCCACCCCCAUCUCCGUGCUCAAGUCCUUCCAACCUACAAGGGCCGACUCCUUCGCGAGGAGUACGUGGACGGUGAGCCCAAGUACUUUGACGAUGCGGCAAUCUUCGUUGGUCGACUUGUCAAGAACCAGGAGACGCAUCUUAGCCUUCUGAAGCGUUUUGAGCGAUACGGGAAGAUUGUCACCAUCGAGUACAACCCUGGGUCGACUCAGAGCACUUACGCGACCGCGCGUGUGCUGUUCCAGACCGCUGAUGGGGCUUCGAAGGCGAUUCAGUACGAGGACAAUGCCGUUUCAUUUGGCUCUGCAAUCAAGGUCGAGCCGAGGAAGGUGCUGCCGAUUGAUGUUCAGGCCCGCAAGAUGUACGUCGACCCCAUUGGAAGAGCCAUGAGCCCCACCAUGGCAGCCCAGUACUCGCCUCCGUCACCGGAAGUCUCACGCACCCCACCUGCUGCACGCACCCCGCCUUCUGUUCGCACGCCACCUACCAUGACGCCAAUCAGCCAGGCCACGAUUCCACUCCCCCUGCCGUGGAUGCACCAGCAGCACCAGCAGCAACCAAGUAAUGCUCCAAUGCAGCAGACGCACGAUCCCACUAUGGUCCCCUGGUUCCACCCGCAGUUCAUGUUCCCCGGCGGCGGUAUGCAGCAUGGCGGCUACAACCCUUCGCAGGUGGCUCAUGCCCCCACCAUCUAUCCCAUGUGGCUCCCGUUCCCUAUUGGGUUCAACCUUGGCCCAAGCCAGCCACAGACCCACAUGCCCUCGACCAUCCCCCCGAGUUCUGCUCCACCAGAGUCUGUGGCGGCCGACCCGUCCGUCCACUCGAUGAGCACGGCGCCUGUACAAGAGCCGGCUAUGAAGCAAGCCGAGUCGAACCCAGCUUCCGCUAUCUCGGCUCCGGACACCAAUCAUCCCCGCGUCCUCGGAACCAAGUUCGAGGACGGACUCUUAAAGCCCAUCUAUGACGCAGAUGAGCUCAAGAGAUGGCGUGAGGCCAACGGAAUCAAGGAGGAGCAGCCGGCUGCAGUCGCACCGCCGCCACCGGACGCUCCGCCGUCUACCCCCGCUCACAGCGAGCACCUCCCUCUGCUGCCUCUUUCCAGCGGAGGACACGACACCCCCGCAUCCUUAUCUUUCAACGUUACUGUGACACCCCCGAGCAUCCAGACGAACCUGACUGGCGGCGACCUGGCCUCGACGCCGACGCGUCCUUCUCCUCACAGCCUCCCUGAGUCUCCUCCAAGCCGAUUCGGCGGUGGCAAUCGUUUCCAGGAGCCCUCUACUCGCGGCGUUGCAGGAAGACUGCCUGGUGACUUUGUGGGUGGCGCUCCUGGCGGCGGGUACCAGAGUGAGACUGGCCGGCUCUCUGGGCCUCUAGGCCAGUUUCCACCUUCUGGCGGGUGGGGUCGUCGCGACUACGGCCCUCCACGUGAUUACGGCGGCCCUCGCUACCCUUACCCUGGUGGCCCUGCUACCUACUCUGGUGGUGGUGGCCCAGUUACCAACUCUGGCUGGCCUCAGCGGAGUGGUCCACGCCAGUACGGCGGUGGACGCGCCAACGACCAAUGGGCUAGCCAGGCAAUGCCCGACCCGGCGGCGGCCAAGGCUAUCCCGUCGGACGAAGACGACACGGGUGGGUGGUAG